AUGUUAUACAUCACAGUAUUUUAUCUAUCUACCUAUCUCAGUUUAUGUGUCCAUACAUAUCUAUCUAUCUAUCUAUCUUUAUAUACCAUUUAUUUUAUCUAUCUAUCUAUCUAUCUAUCUAUCUAUCUAUCUAUCUAUCUAUCUAUCUAUCUAUCUAUCUAUCUAAGUGUUGUGACCUUACCACAGCAUGCUUUCUUGUUUGUUUGUUUGUUUCUUUCUUUCUUUGUUUGUUUCUUUCUUUCUUUGUUUAUUUGUUUCUUUCUUUGUUUAUUUGUUUAUUAUCGUUUUCGCAUUGCUCUCUUUCUCUAUUUGACCUUUUGUCUUUCUGACUCUUUUUCCAUUUGUCUCUGUCUGUUACUUUGCAGGACCUCUCUCUCUGCCUCUGACUCUCUUUUUAUCUCUUUCUCUCUCUUCUUGGCAUUCAUAAUCUGUCUGCUUCUCUCUCUUUGUUUCUCUCUCUCUCUCCAUUUUUCUUUCUUUCUUUUUGGCAUUCAUAACCUGUCCGCUUUUCUCUCUCUUUCUCUUCUCAUUUUAAAAAAAAAACUUACUCUUCUCUCCUUCGCCGGCUUCCAACAUCCUUCUCACCCUCUUUCUCUCACACAAAAAAUAUUUCUCUCAUCUUUUUUUUCUUUUCUCUCUCUUUUCUCUCUCUUUCUCUUUUCUUUCUGUCUCUCUUUCUCUCUCUUUCUUUCUCUCUCUUUGUUCUCUUUAUCUCUUUUUCUUCUUCCCUCUUUCUUUAAAUAA